AUGGCUGCGGCAAGAAGGCAUGUUGAUGAAGGAGAUUUGAACUUUGUUUUUAAGCGCCUUGGGGAGCGAGGAAAUGAAGCUGAGUUAGUCAAAAAGAGAAAUGAUCACGUCACUGGGCCAACCUUAGAGCGACUAACGGAAUUCUUCAUGGAAUGUACCGAGAAUCAAGUCAUAGCCCGACCCUAUGGGAGUGUAGCUGAAGAUUUGAUGUGUCUCUCACCCGAUGAUUAUGGGAAUACGGACAUCAUGGUGUUCCCAAGCUCUGAGGCCUUUUUGAUUCACGAAGAAGUGGUCGAUCAUUCACUGGAAAGUCCACUGCAUGUGAGAAUCAGAGCCGGCGAUCAUCCCGUAUUGCAGUCGUGCCUUGUAGAAGGUACAGAAUACCUGGCCACUUUAGCACUAAAGAACUUCCAUCCUGCAAUUUAUGGGAGCAAAGCGUGUGAAUUAAUGCAUCAUUUUACAUGUUGCUUGCGAAUAUUCUCCAAGGAUGAUCUCAAACACUCUCUUCAAAUUGUUGCGAAUUGGAAGAACGAGAAAACCAGCCCAGCUUUUACCACUGAUUGUAUGGAAUCGUCUGAUACUCUCCACCGACAAUUGCAAAACAUGACGGAGUCAAAGCGGCUGCAUAGUUUGAACAGCGCUGAGUGGGAAUGGUUCCUCGGUGCGAUAUGCAGGGCAAGGGGAGUCGAAUAUACGAGAGAGCACGCCGCAGUUAUGGACGACUUUCUACAGUAUAUGAGUGAGUUACAGGAGUCCCUGACCAAACGUGGCCCUGAUGAUAUUUACGAAGGCUUUCCAGCUUACCUACAUGAAAUGAUGUCGAGCGAUGUAGUUCAAAACUUCAAAGCCCGAGUGAAAGCUAUUGAAAGCCGAUCACCAAACGAAAACGUAAGUCAGGCGGAAGUGAUAUAUUCUGAUGUUUCAAGCGUCACGCCACGUAAGGCAGUUGAAGGCGGAAGUAAAACAGAAACUGACGAUUAUGGAAAUAAUGUCAUGCUAUCAAACAACAACCAUCCUCAGACGCUUCAAAUUCAAGACUUAGAGUCCACUUCCUCCCAUGCCAUGGAGUACGCAAGAUGUCCAAACGACCUUCAGCCUGAAAAACCAACUAAGGGAGAAGAUCCGACUAACCUGACAAGACACAUGGCAAAAAAAGAUAGCGAGCAGGUUCGAGAUGAAACCCAAAUGAAACAGGAGACCACAAUUGAAAAUGAAAAAGACGACCAGACAGGGGAAAGCGAAGAAAGAUUCGAUUUCAAGCCACUUUUGUACCAUUUAUUCGAGAAAGAAGCAGAAGUCAAAGAGCCGUCUGAAAAUGACACAGCCUAUUUAAAAAAAAAGACAGGAAUUGAUCUUGUGCCCGCCCUGAAAUCCCGAGGAUGGCCGAAGUCUGCACGAGAUUGGCUCGAAAGAGAGCGGAAAUGGCCUUCCGUCGAAAUGGUGACUAAGAUCAUUGACGAAGGCUACCACCUGGUUGUCAAAUCUCCAAAGUACAGUGAAAUUCCCGAGUGCGACUUCAGAAUCUCAUUUUCUCAUGCAGAGUACCUGCUAAGCCAAGAGAUGAAUGAAAUCCAACGCGAGUGUUACCGUUGUUUGAAGAAAUUACACCGUGCUUAUCUUUCCAGUCCAGCAGGUUUGGUGUCAUUCCAUCUCAAGAACCUCUUUUUGCAAACAAUAGAGGAGACUGGUGCCGAGAUGUGGAUCGAGGACAAAAGAGCCGAAUGUAUGAUAAAGCUCCUCGAGAACCUGCUAAAAGCUUUGAAAGACAAAGACUUGCGACAUUUCUUCGUGAGAUCCUACAAUCUCUUUGGUGUUGAUUACAUUGUCAAACCCGAAACUCUUGUAUCUUUGGCCGAGAAGGUGGAGAAGAUUAUGGAAAAUCCGUUAGACUUUUCCCAAGCGUUGAUCCAGCAGAGUGAAGAAAAAAAGAAAAUUCAAAAGGAGACAUUCGAAAAAGAGAGCAAGCAAGGGGUGCCUUCAACAUCAGGACAUGGAAGAGCAGCUGAACCAAGGGGCAGCAAUGAAAACCUAGCAAACAUGGAAAUAAUGAAAGACGCUGUGUUGCACAACUCCCGACUGAGUGGCAACCUACUUCCCAAACAUCGAUACCAUGACUUGCAAGACCUUUACCUCCAAGUCGGCACAGAGUUAGUGGAAAAAUCUUUAAAUGGAGAUGAAAUUCAUGAUCCUCUUGAAAGAUCCCUGGUGAAAGAUCUUAAAGAAAUGAUACAAAGCCAUGAUUUUCAGACUGAACAUUUCCUUCAAAUGUUGAGAAACGGCUGGUCUAAUGCUUAUUUCAGGAUCUGCCUCAGUACCGAGCUGGAAAUGAGGCGCCGAAUGCUUGAUGCAAUUCGCGGUGAUGUCGAAACGUGGAAGUACCUUUUGAGGCAGGAAGACCUGGCGUCAGGGAACGAAGAAGCCAUAGCCAACCGAAUGCUGGAUCCAUCCAAUGAGGAUCGUUUUGACCUAAGCAACAUAGUUCCAGCUGGUGGAUUUGUACAGUACCUGCGCAUGUUCCUCAAUGGUGUUGCCCACAGGCCACCUCAACCAGCGCAGGUGCAGGCGUCUCAAGAUGUGGAUGAUAUACCUUUAGACUGAAUUGAACUAUUAACCGAGGGAUAUAAACUACUUCGCUUUUAGGGUUACUCCCUUUAAUUGACUGCCUAAGGAAAAAUGGGCUGGAGUUUCUUUCAUGAUGCGAUGUACCCACUCACGAGACAAAACAAGUAGGCAUUUUUCUUUAUGACAAGACUUUUUUUCGCUUUUUAACUGACCAUG